UUUGUUUGUUCGCAAAGUAUGGUUGCGGCUCUCAUUCUGCUUUAAUAUUUAAUAAUGAAUUUUCUGUUUUGCUUAUAAUGUACAUUGUAUUAGAAUAAAUUAAAAACCUAGUACGUAAAAGAAGUAAAUAUUUUAUACAUAGAAAAUGUAAAUUUACAUAAAAAUGUAAAGUAUCGUAGAAGCUCUUGUAAAUUUAACAUGGAGAGUUUUCAAAUUCGCUUCGAUAAUUGGAUUUUAAUAACUUAUUUUAAUUUAAAUUCUCUGUAACUGUAAAAUAUUUAAGUCAUACGUCAGAUACUGGCAAAAAAUAUGUUCUUUACUGAUGCUACUUAAAACAUGAAAAUGUAUUUUAAUUUGUAUUUUAUUUUUUUGUUUAAUAUAAAUUUAUAAAACACUGACGUUGAUUUUGUUUAAAAUAAAUCUGAAGUUUCAUAAAUAUAAAGAAGAAAUUAUUUUUCAAGGAGUAAUUGCCAGAUAUUAAUACAGGCAAAGUCAAAUUAAUUAUUUGCGGAUAAAUUGGCAGUUUUCAAUUAUAUACCGAAUCGAAUAAUAUACGUAGACCGAAUUUUAGUGCAGUUAAAGAUAAUUUUGUUAAAAUAAACACAUCGCUAGUUUUAAAUUGAAUCAUCCCUGCAACUUUCAAAGAGAACGGUUCUUAUAAAACAACAAAAACACAGAAAAACAACAAACGGAAAACGCAUAAAGCGCAUUGGAAAAUCGCAGCGCAAUACAAUCUGCGAGGGAAAACGCACAGAUCGAGAAAGGUAAAGUGGAUAUAUUUUCUGCCUAUUCCUGCUUAAAAGCCUAUUGAUUUUACCAAAGGACAAAAAUCAGAGCAUUAAAUUUUGCAAAAUUUUUUAUUCUGCCGUAAAGACUCAUUUUUGAAAAGGAAAAAUGUCUGUUGAACAGAAGCGAGCAUACAACAAACUAAAGCAUGAUUUGGAGCCAUGGCGUAAUCUCAUAGUACAUUUAGAUUCGGUAUUGUCUUGGGAAAAAAAUUAUUAUCCAGCAAUCAUUACUGCAACCAUUAGCGGUUUUUAUUUGUUGCUCUGGGCAUUGGAUAUGUCUACUGUAACAACGCUGGCACUAGUGGGUCUGUUUUCGCUAGCACUAGAUUACGUGUAUCCAUCAGUGUCGCGUUUUCUCUUCAGUCCAGAUAAUUGGAAUGGUAACCAGGAAGAGCAAUUUGAGCGCGUCUGCACACAAUUAUGCUAUUUAAAAGCAGUGCUUACUGGAUGGUAUGAAUAUCUCUUCUCGGCAAAGGAAAGGAAAUCCACUUUGUUUGUCACUAUCAUGAGUAUUACUCUAUUGACACUCGCUUGGAUUGGCACCGUAAUAAAUAAUCUACUGCUGAUGUACUUGAUCACUAUGGUAAUGUGCUUAUAUCCAGGCAUGCAACAGAAAAAUUUGCUUUAUAAGGUCAAAGACUAUUUUGGAUGUGCUGUUAACUCUAAAUUCCAAAAAUUGCGUGAAAAAAAUAAGAAAAGUGACUAAAGAGCGAAGUAGAAUUCUGAAGAAAUAGUAAAUGCGUAUGAAAUUUAAAGAGUUAAAAACGCAGCAUAGAUUUUUAAUUUGAAAACAAACUGCAUUUUUAAAUUUAUUUAUUUUAGCUAUAAAUUUGUAGUCUACUCAUUUUUAUUAUACUAUUUAUGAAAAUCAUUACACAAAUGUACGGAUAGUGCGUUUAAUAUUAUUACAUUUAACAUUUGGCAUUUUAAAAACUAAACAAAAACGAAAAAGCAAAAUGAAUUACUGAGUUUAUGAAAAAUGAAAAAAAAAAUCGGAAGCGUAAAUGCGCAAAUUUAUUAAAUUAUAAUAUAUUAAAAUGUUCUCCUUGAAUGUUGCACUACCACAAGAAAGUUUUUUGGAUAUAAGCUUCAACGCAACAAUCCGAAAAACAUCAACAUAUGAAUCACCAAAAAUUGUAUUUAAUGUCUUAGAUAUAAAGUAAGCUAACGUACUCUUAAACCUGCUAUAUCUUUACAAAAUUCAACGUAACAAUCAGUUCAUUAAUUUCUCAAAAAUAUUGCCAUUAAACUUAGUGCCAUUAAGUAAUCUUUCAACCAAUAUUUUAUUUCGAAAUCAUUAACAUUUUACUUGCAGCAUAAUGAUGAUCCAUUAAAAUAAAAUAAAAAUUAAGUAAUAUCUAUAUAAA